ACUUCCACUGAGGCAGCCGGGAGAAAUCACCAGCCAGGAUUUGCUCCUCUCUCUCUCCCUCUCUCUCUGACUUCAAUUCAGCUCCUCCCCCGUGUGGUUGUGGCUUUGCCUUCCAUCACAAGCCUGAUCAGCAACGCCAGUCUUGGGGAAGGGGAAAAAAAAAAAAAGAAAAGAAAAAGAGGGGGGAAAGAGAAAAAACGGAAAAAGUGCAAAAGAAGGAAAAGAAAACAAGAGGGGAAAAACAGAGGGGAAGAAAGCAAUCUCCUCUAUCCCCCGGCUGCAUCCUGCACAGCAGAGUCUGAAACUUUACGGAGUUCUCGCCGUGUUUACCCCGCGGCGGGUGAACCGGCAGCGCCCGGCUCCCUCGCUCCUGCUCUCUCCUUCUUGCACUUUCUCCCUCGCAGUCAUCAGCAGUCGGCAGCGAUGGAAAAAGUUGCUGGCUGGUACCCAGCCUGGCACGUUGCUCUUCUGUACUGGACAUGGCUUUUCCUCUUCACUUUUGGCUUUACCGGCGCAGAAAUAACUUGCAGAUCCUGCCGUUCCCAGGUGCAUCCGCAGCAGCAGCCGCAGCAGGGAUUACUGAUGCAUUUGAGGACCGACAGAGGAGAGAAAGAGCAGAGGAGGUUCUUCGGGGAGAAGGUUGGUGAGAGAGAGCAAGAGGCCGGGACGGAGGAUGCCCGGCUGCGAGCGACCCUCGCCGCUGCUCCCGCGGGGACGAAAUCCAGCGGCUGGGAGACCCGGCGAGCGACGAGGGAGAAGGAGAAAGUGGCCGGGGAGCGUCGUCCCCGAGCGGCGGCGGCUCCGGCCGAGGAGCGACCCCGCGGUGCCCAGGCUCCCUGGCCGGCGGGCGGGCGGCCCGGCUCGGUGCGGCGGAGGGGCCGCAGCCCGCGGGGCUCCGCGGGGCCGGGGCCGGGGCCGGGCGGUGCCGCGGGGCGGGAGCCGGGGGACGGCGGCGCCGCCCGCUUCGGGCUGGAGGAGCUGCGGCUGGGCAGCACCACCUUCGCCCUGGCCGGGGACUCGGCGCACAACCAGGCCAUGGUGCACUGGUCCGGGCACAACAGCAGCGUGAUUCUAAUUCUGACAAAGCUGUAUGACUACAACCUGGGAAGCAUCACAGAGAGCUCUCUUUGGAGGUCAACAGAUUAUGGGACAACAUACGAGAAACUGAAUGAUAAAGUUGGUCUGAAGACUAUUUUGAGCUACCUGUACGUUUGCCCAACAAACAAACGUAAGAUUAUGCUGCUGACUGAUCCAGAAGUUGAAAGCAGCUUAUUAAUCAGUUCUGACGAAGGAGCCACCUAUCAAAAAUAUCGUCUGAACUUCUACAUCCACAGUCUGCUCUUCCACCCUAAGCAGGAAGAUUGGAUCUUAGCCUACAGCCAAGAUCAGAAGUUAUUCAGUUCAGUGGAGUUUGGCAGAAGAUGGCUGCUUCUUCAUGAGGGAGUUGCACCAAACAGGUUCUACUGGUCUAUGAUGGGGAAUGGUAGAGAGCCUGAUCUCGUGCACCUGGAGGCAAAGACAGUGGAUGGUCAUGCCCAAUACAUCACCUGCAAGAUGCAGAACUGCAGCGAAGCCACUCGCAGCAAACCCUUUCCAGGCUAUAUCGACCAUAACUCCCUGAUCGUCCAGGGUGAUUAUGUCUUUGUUCAGCUGACAUCAGGAGGAAGACCACAUUAUUACGUUUCUUAUAGGAGGAACACAUUUGCACAGAUGAAGCUGCCAAAGUACUCCUUACCCAAGGACAUGCAUGUUAUCAGCACAGAUGAGAAUCAGGUGUUUGCAGCUGUACAAGAGUGGAACCAGAACGACACGUACAAUCUGUACAUCUCCGACACCCGAGGGAUCUACUUCACCCUGGCCUUAGAAAAUGUCAAGAGUAGUCAAGGGCUGGAGGGGAAUGUGAUGAUUGACCUCUAUGAGGUAGCAGGGAUAAAGGGAAUGUUCUUGGCUAACAAGAAGAUUGACAACCAAGUGAAAACUUUCAUCACCUACAAUAAAGGGAGAGACUGGAGUUUGUUGCAGGCUCCGCACACGGAUCUGAGAGGAAAUCCCAUUCACUGUCUCCUACCCUAUUGCUCCCUUCAUCUUCACUUGAAGGUCUCAGACAACCCCUACACCUCAGGAAACAUCGCCAGCCGAGACACUGCCCCCAGUAUUAUUGUAGCUUCAGGUAAUAUAGGCACUGAACUAUCAGACAAUGACAUCAGCAUGUUUGUUACUUCUGAUGCUGGGAACACUUGGAGGCAGAUCUUUGAGGAAGAGCACAGUGUUCUAUACCUGGAUCAAGGUGGAGUACUUGUCGCAAUGAAACACACAUCUCUGCCUAUCAGACACCUCUGGUUAAGUUUUGAUGAAGGGAGAUCUUGGAGCAAGUACAGUUUCACAUCCCUCCCACUAUUUGUAGAUGGAGUUUUAGGGGAACCUGGAGAAGAAACUCUCAUCAUGACUGUGUUUGGACAUUUCAGCCACCGCUCAGAGUGGCAGCUGGUGAAAAUAGACUACAAGUCCAUUUUUGAUCGGAGAUGUGCAGAAGAGGACUACAGGCCUUGGCAACUCCAUAGCCAGGGAGAAGCUUGCAUCAUGGGAGCAAAAAGGAUCUACAGGAAGCGCAAGUCAGAGAAGAAAUGCAUGCAAGGGAAAUAUGCUGGGGGUAUGACCUCGGAGCCAUGUGUGUGCACAGAGGCUGACUUUGACUGCGAUUAUGGAUAUGAACGCCACAGCAAUGGCCAGUGCUUACCAGCAUUUUGGUAUAACCCAUCUUCCCUGUCGAAGGACUGUAGCCUUGGACAGAGUUAUCUCAACAGCACUGGGUACCGGAAGGUUGUUUCCAAUAACUGCACGGACGGUGUGCGGGAACGGUACACAGCAAAGCCACAGCAGUGCCCUGGCAAACCCCCCCAGGGCCUCCGCAUAAUCACGGCUGACGGCAGACUGACAGCUGAGCAGGGACACAAUGUCACUUUCCUGGUGCAGCUGGAAGAGGGAGAUCUCCAGAGAUCCCUCAUUCAAGUGGAUUUUGGAGACGGCAUUGCUGUGUCAUAUGCCAAUCUCAGCUCAACAGAAGACGGGAUCAGGCACAUCUACCAGAACGUGGGCAUAUUCCGAGUGACUGUGCUAGUGGAAAACAGCCUGGGUUCUGACAACGCUGUCCUCUACCUGCACGUGACGUGCCCCUUGGAACACGUUCACUUAUCUCUGCCCUUUGUCACCACGAAGAACAAGGAGAUCAACGCCACAGCAGUACUGUGGCCAAGCCAAGUGGGAACACUUACUUAUGUCUGGUGGUUUGGAAACAACACAGAGCCACUGAUCACAUUGGAAGGGAGCAUCACGUUCACAUUUUCUGUGGAAGGCAUGAACACCAUCACUGUUCAGGUCUCAGCAGGAAACACCAUUCUUCAGGACACAAAGACUGUUGCAGUGUAUGAGAAAUUUCAGUCCCUGAGGUUAUCAUUCUCUCCGAACCUUGAUGACCAUAACCCAGAUAUCCCAGAAUGGAGAAGGGACGUCAGCAGAGUAGUCAAGAGAGCUCUGGUGGAGGUGACAGGUAUUUCAAGCAAGCAUGUUCUGGUCGCAGUGCUCCCUGGUCUGCCCACAUCUGCUGAACUCUUCAUUUUACCAUAUCAAGAUGCCACAGGAGAAAAAAAAAGAACAGCAGCAGACCUGGAGCAGAUUUCCGAAUCACUGAUCCAGAAACUGAACCAAAAUCUGGUCCAUUUUGAGUUGAAGCCAGGAGUUCGAAUCCUUGUCCAUGCUGCCCAUUUAACAGCAGCUCCCCUAGUGGACCUCACUCCCAGUCACAGUGGUUCAGCUAUGCUGAUGCUCCUCUCCGUCGUUUUUGUGGGACUAGCUGUGUUUGUAAUCUACAAGUUCAAAAGGAAGAUUCCUGGCCUUAAUAUAUAUGCACAGAUGCAGAAUGAAAAAGAUCAAGAGAUGGUCAGUCCAGUCAGUCAGAGGGAAAGCAUACCUAAUGUCCCUCAAAGUGAGCUGAUGAGCCAUGAGCAACUAGUAGAUGAGAAGUUGGAAGUCCACCCCAUAGAGCAACCUCAGGCCACAGUCCAGAGCCCAAGGAAAGGAAAUGCAGCCAAGGUAGUCUGGACAGAAGACUUCCAAAAAGCUUGUGGAUCACCAAGAGGUUUCAAGCCAAGACCGGGAGUGGAAGUAUUUCCACAGCUGCUGAGUCCCAGAGCACAAAAGAAAUCCCUACCUAUGUAAAUGGUUGAAUUGAGGACACCAAUAUCUGUAUCUAAAAAAGGAGGAGAGCUCACUACAUUUGGACUUUUUAAUUCUUCAGAUGACAAAGGGUUUUUAGCUUUAAGCCUGUGCAUGUGGACAUUAUACUGAGAUCAUAGUGGAACUGCAUUGUACAGGUGUUCAAUUUUAGUGGGGGGUGGGGGGAGAGGAACUGGUACCACUAUUCACUCCUGCGGCCCUUCCCCUCACCCUUUCACUCUUUUUCUGAUCUGUCUCUAAUUUGUAGAAAAUUCAUAAUGAUAUAGGCCAAGAAUAUGCAUGGGGGUCUCUUCUUUAGGGAGAUGGGUGGGCUGGGAUGUGGGGGGAGAAGGGCUGGGAAAGUGGGAGGGAGUGUUUAGGGUUCUUGGCUUUAGAUUUAACUGCUCUUUUAGCACUUUGGGCUGCGGGAGGGUUAGCCACCCCAGCAGACUUUCAUAGGACACACACAAAAAAAUCGCACUGGAGUUUAAAGGCACUGAAAAUAUUCUUGGUCAGUCUGGUUUUGUCUUUGUUUGGACUCUGCCCUUCGUUCCUCUAGCUGCAGCUGCUGCCUGUGCCCUACGGCUGCGAGGAGGCUGAGUGUGGAUGAUCCCACCCACAAGGCCAAGCUCUUUCUUACACAGCUUUCUUAGCCUACUCACACCAAGGCAUCCCACUGAUAGCACCAUGGGAAGAUAACUUUGCCUCCUAACCUUGAAGAGAACAAGCAUGCAUUGCAGGCAGGGAGGGAGGUCUGUCCAUACUGCAGUUGCAGGUUAUUGCCAGCAAGAACUUACAUUGUACUUUGUACCAGCCUUACACCUUCAAUUUUGGCUAAGGCAAAGCCCUAGCAACACCGCCAGCUCCACGUGGUGCUGAUGGCUGAAUUUGUCUGGGAAGUUCCAGGAGAUCUCUACAUUUUUGGAGCCACCCAAAGGCCUGUCAGUUUUUUGAAAGACACCAUGUUCAUAGAACAGGGAGCAGGGAAAGGUCUGUGCACAGUUUCCUAUGGCCAUCUUUGCAUCCCCAGUCGCUGACAAACUCCUGCCACUCUGGGCAGAGGAGAGAGAAUUUGGCCUGAGAUUGUUACCAUGCGUUUUGAGCCUCAGCACCACAGGACCACUCCUACAUAAGAUUUGAUUUCUUACCAAUAACUUAAGCUGGUGUCUUACACUGCAACUAGAAAUGAGGCUUUAGGACAUGUUCACGUAGACUAUGCCAGGGAAUAGUGGGAAAGCAGGAUUAGCAUACCUCGAACAAGUCCUCCAAAGACACUGGAUAUCUGGCUGAAGCCUAACCUGUGGUCAUUACAACUGUUGAUUUCCAACCCAACUCAGGUUUUUACCUAUCACCAGGAUUUUGCUUUGAAGUGUAAAUAGAGAAAGAUGUAACUAGUGUACACUUGCUUAACUAUAUUAGGUGAAGGCAAAUAGAGGCCAGUUCAUAAUCAGUGUGGCGCAAUUAGGAGGCACCCUGAUUCCUGGCAUGGGUGUGUUUUGUUCAGUAGACCUUGUACAUGGCAACAGGAGAAAGCAGCAUUGUCAGUGUGGCCCAGAUUCCCGGAGCAGGGUUUGUGGGUGGUGGUGGGUUUGAAUUUCUCUGUCUCAAACUGGGCACAAACCUAAAUCAACCUUCUUGCUGGCAAAUGAAAAUGAUACCAAGAACUUUAGACCCCUAGUAGUUAAUCACAGUAUAGAGUCCUCUGCCUCUUUCUGUAGUUUCUCUGAAGACAAGUAGAAACACAGCAGUUUGUAUGGCUUUGCUAUUGUCUUUGCAACUACAGCUUUAAGAAAGAUGGGAAGGUUUUGGCUGCAACUGUAUAAUAGUCCCCACUGAAGUCCAACAUUAGCCAACUUAUUUUUAUAGUAAGCCGAUCAAAAAGUUUUCUUAUAGUGUUGGAACUAUUUCUAAUUUUAAAAUUACUUUUUUUGAUGUACUUUUUCAUCUUCUUUUUCCCUUUCGUUAAAUACGAUGUAGCGUAAUGUAUAAUUGCUAUUGUUUAUUGCUUUUACAGUCAUAUUUAUUAAACAGAUUAUGUCUCUAAAUGAAGGCCCAUGUUUUUGUUGCUCAUUUUAACUCUCUGUUUCUGACUGGGAUCACUAACAAUAUUAAAACAGUAGGAAGUGGAUUACUUCAAAAAAAAAGGAGUGUCCAGUAGAAAUGGGAGAGGGUGGUGAUAAGUGUCCUCCUGAAAAUAUAGUUCCUGGAAGCAAGAUGCCAAUAUGAAAGUAACUUUCUCAGUCCUCAAAGUGCUUUAUAAAGUGAAGCUUGGUCCUGUUAUCUCCAUUUUAUAAAUAGGGAAGCUGGUGGGGGGCUGAGGUGCAAUGCUGUUUUUCUGGUUCCCAAACAAGGAAUGGUAGAGCUCUGAGCAGUUCCCUGGAACUCCAGCUAAGUUCCCUGGUUAUCCUUCUUCAUACACAGUCUCUGUUAAAGGUUCCUUUAAAAUAUCUUUUUUUGAUAAACUUUUGCCAGAACUGAUGAAGGAAGGUCUGAAUUAGUAGCAUUACUGAUUAAUUUACAUGUGAAUAAAAUAGGGCUUAGGCAGUUUCUGUCAACUUGCUAUAUGGCAGUGGAUGCAUGUUGCUGAGGAAAAAAAGAAGGAAGCUUCUCUGCUUUACAAGUCAGGAUGCAACCACCAGAUCAUUCUACCUCUUGUAACUGGAUCCUGGUUCAGUUCUCCAGUUUUGUUGUACCUCAGCAUAAGAAUUUAUAUAUGCACAUAAAUAGUCAGGUAUCUGGGGCUCAAGUGUCUUUAACAACCAGGACUGUGGUGUGACAUAUUACAAGUCCAGGAAUAAUGAGUUUGCUCAUUGGAGGAGUGUGUAGUUUUCACUCCAGGCAAAUCCCAGUGUAAUUAAAAUUACUGGCCUAGAAUGUUCUAGUGGGUACUGCAACCUUCUCAAUCCAGGCUGGAAUGGCCACAGUGCAAGUGACUCAGUGCUGUGUGUAUAGGCAAAAUCUGCUUUAAUAGUUAAAGUGCCCACCUGAAUUAGCAGGCAUCUGUUCUGACCAUAAGCAGUAAGUCUGGUUUUGGCAAGCAUCUCUCUAAAGCAUUUUCAGAUCAUUCUCUUCAGCUUGUUGUGUGUUCUGAGGCAGAAACUGAUUGUUAUUUGUGAUUGUUGUUUUCUGGUUUGUAUAACAACAGAGCAAUUCACUGCUAAUGGCUGAACACCGAGAUAAUAAACAAAGAAUAUACCAAAUACUUAAAAAUCCAAUAUGAAUUUUCUCUUGAGAGAACAAAAAAAAGUUCAUCAUCCUUUGACAGAAAGAGCAGAGAGUUAAAAUAUGGUUAAAAAUUCGAAUAAAGUAUUUUCCUAAUUUGAUGUUGAUUCUCUACCAUCAUCCUAAUUACUGUAAAACAGACAUACAGAUGACCAGACAUUGGCUUCAGAGGGACUUAUACUUCUGCACGUAGCAGUACAUUGGGGCUAAGAUGCUGGAUUGCUUUUCAUGAAAAUCAGUAGUUGUUAGUGUUCAAAUACUGGGCAUCAAACAAUAGCUUGUUCUUAAUAUGUGGCUGUGUUUAAUUGCCUAAGCUUUUGAUGGAAAGUAAGACUCUUGAAGUACUUGCUGAAAUACUUAUGCAAAUGAAGCAGGAAUUUCCAGUGACCCUAAAUGAACCCUGUCUUGGUCCUGUCGACUUCUGCUGAGAAUUUCUGACAAUUGCAUUUAGUCUGGUACCUAGAGCUGAUAACAAGGGAUUAGUAUUUUAUCUGUGUGCUGUCACCUCUCAUUGAAUGCAUGAGAAGUUUCCAUGUCACAUUAUAUCUCUAGGUACAUUCAGUGUUUUAAACAUUACCCCUGAUUGCAGAGCUCCCAUGUUCUUGAUGUUAAAAAAGAAAACUUUAUUUUCCUUCAGUUAAUGAGAUGCUGUCCCUGCAUUUCUCCAUGAAACAGAAUCAUAAAGCAUAUGAAUAAAUAAUACUUGAGCUAAAACAGA